AUGGCACGGAUAUUUUUACUUUUCUUCCCAGGUCUUGUAGCCAUAUGGUCUGUGAAUGGAAUAUUUAUGGACAAACUUGCUUCCAAAAGGCUCUGUGCAGAUGAUGAGUGUGUCUAUACCAUUUCUCUGGCCAGAGCUCAAGACGAUUACAAUGCCCCAGACUGUAGAUUCAUUAAUGUUAAAAAAGGACAACAGAUUUAUGUUUAUUCAAAGCUGGUAAAAGAAAAUGAAGCUGGAGAAUUUGGGGCUGGCAGUGUCUAUGGUGAUGGUCAUGAAAAUGAGAUGGGAAUUGUGGGCUAUUUCCCCAGCACUUUGGUCCAUGAGCAGCGUGUUUACAAUGAAGCCAUCAAGGAAGUUCCUACCCCAGAUAUUGACUUCUUCUGUGAAUAG